AUGUCUAUAAAGGACGUGUAUUUUAUUUUGAUAAUGAAGUUGAUCUGCAUAGCUGUACUGGCGCUAUGCGUGUGCGCAUAUGCCAGAGUUACAAAACAAACCGCACCAAUCUCGCCGCAGAUAACCUCGCUUAACGAUAAGGAUGCUCGACAGAAGGCCAGGGUCCAUCCAGCUUUCGCCAACGCCGGUAAACGAGCUGGUGUUGAAAUAUGGAGAAUUAAUAACUUCGAACCAACGGUGGUACCGCAGAAUGAUUUUGGCAAAUUCUAUAAAGGUGAUUCCUACAUAGUUCUUAAGACGACAGCCGAUAAACGCAACAAUUUAUCCUGGGAUAUACAUUAUUGGAUUGGAAGUCAGGCCACGCAGGACGAGUCUGGUGCAGCCGCCAUCCUGACAGUGGGUUUAGAUGACAAGUUUGAUGGCAGAGCCAUACAGCACAGAGAGGCUAUGGGCCUGGAGAGCGACAUGUUCAAGGGCUACUUUCCAUCAGGGAUCCGGUAUUUAGAUGGCGGUAAUGCAUCUGGCUUCAAACACGUCGUCACGAACCCUGGCGCUGAAAAGCGCAUGUUCCAGGUGAAAGGAAAGAGGAACGUGCGAGUGAGACAGGUGGAUCCUCUCUUCUCGUCAAUGAACAAGGGCGAUUGUUUUAUAUUGGACAAAGACAAUGACAUUUUGGUCUUCGUUGGAGACAAAGCUAAGAAUGUUGAGAAGUUGAAGGCAAUAUCCAUGGCCAACCAGAUCAGAGACCAAGACCACAAUGGGAGAGGAAAAGUUGAAAUAAUCGACAAAUACUCCAGCGAGGUAGAUAUCCAGAAAUUCUUCACUGCUUUGGGAUCCGGGAGCAAAGAUCUUGUGCCCGAAGACAGUGCUGGCGGUGAUGAUCAGGCCUUCGAGAGGAACGAAGAGAACACCGUCUCUCUGUCUGAAGUUUCCGACAGCACGGGAUCAGUAAAAGUGACAGCUUUAAGAAAACCAUACACUCAAGAACAAUUGAAACCGCAGGAGACUUACAUUUUGGAUACAGUCAGCGGAAGCAUUUACGUAUGGCUAGGGAAACAGGCAUCGCCAAAGGAAAAAUCUGAAGUAGUAGCAAAGGCACAACAAAUAUUGACAUCAAAGAACUAUCCUUCAUGGGUGCAGGUAGUCAAAAUACCCCAAGGCACUGAACCUGCGGCGUUCAAGCAAUACUUUACCACUUGGAAAGAUGUCGGCAUGUCACAUUCAAGAUUAGUUUAG